CCGUCUGUCCCUGCAGUCCAUGCCCUUCGCUGGCCAGGCCCCCAGGCCACCAAUGAAGUUGAGAACUGGGCAAAUAUAUGAGUGGUUCAAGUCCUCAGGUGGUGAGAGGGCCUGCGGCGUGCACGAGCUGAUCUGCAUCAGGAGAGUGUCUCCGGAGGCUGUGGGCUUCCUGUCGGCCGUGGGCGUGCUCAUCGUCCUGCUGCUGCUGCUGCUUCUCUACAUCAACAAGAGGUUCUGCUUUGACAAUGUCGGCGGGUUUCCAGAGCUCGGCUCAGGGUUCAGCACGAGGAAGAGCUCCCAGGACAAGCUUUACAGCCCCUACGCGGACAGGGACGAGCGGGGCUCAUCCUCGGAUAGCGAUGACGAAGCCCUGGGCAAGUUCCAUGAGGCCUUGUCCCGGACACACAGCUGCAGGCUGCCUCCCACAGACGCGCGGCAGAGGAGCUACCCCUGGGAGACACGGCACAAGUACAGUCCCCUGUCUGCUGAGUACGACGGCUACAGCAGCGAGGCGUCGGGAGAUGAAGGAAACUGCAUUCAGAGGAUGAGGAGGACGCCCCCGCUGGACGAGCUGCAGCCCCCGCCCUACCAAGACGACAGCGGCUCGCCCCACCUGUCGUGCACGCCCUCAGAGGUCGGGGACAGCAAGUGCGAGUUUUCUCACUGCAACAGCCCGCGCUGCUCCUACACGUGCCCAAGCGAGGGCAGCACGGGGCCAGACGCGGGGAGCGGCCGCAACAAGGGCUACGAGGAGGACGUCCCCAGCGACAGCACCGCGGUGCUGAGCCCCGAGGACAUGCCGGCUCAAGAGUCGUCAUCACAGCUGCCUAAACACUUUGACCCCGAGCCCGAGGCCAAGCACGGCACGCUGGAUGUAACGUUUGACUACGACCCCCAAGAGCAGAAGCUGCUAGUGACGGUGACGGCUGUGACCGACAUCCCCACGCAUAAUAGGACAGGCGGCAACUCGUGGCAGGUGCACCUGGUCCUGCUGCCCAUAAAGAAGCAGCGAGCGAAAACCAGCAUCCAGCGAGGCCCCUGCCCCGUCUUCACGGAGACCUUCAAGUUCAACCACGUGGAGUCCGAGAUGAUUGGGAAUUAUGCAGUGCGCUUCCGGCUGUACGGCGUACACCGCAUGAAGAAGGAGAAGAUCGUCGGGGAGAAGAUCUUCUACUUAACGAAACUGAACCUUCAAGGGAAGAUGUCGCUGCCAGUGACACUGGAGCCAUCCCACGACCAUUCUGGCUGUGACUCCCAGGUGAGCAUGUCAGAAAUGUCCUGUAGUGAAAGUGCAUCCUCAUGUCAAUCCCUGGAGCACGGCUCUGUCCCAGAAAUCCUCGUUGGCCUGCUGUACAAUGCAACGACGGGGAGACUGUCAGCCGAAGUGAUCAAAGGCAGCCACUUCAAGCACUUGGCAGCAAACAGGCCACCCAAUACGUAUGUUAAGUUGACUCUGCUGAACUCCAUGGGCCAGGAGAUGUCUACUUGCAAGACCUCCAUCCGCAGAGGGCAGCCCAACCCCGUGUACAAGGAGACCUUCGUCUUCCAGGUGGCCCUGUUCCAGCUCUCUGACGUCACGCUCAUCCUGUCCGUGUACAACAAGCGCAGCAUGAAAAGGAAGGAGAUGAUCGGCUGGAUCUCCCUGGGGCUGAACAGCUCAGGCGAGGAGGAGCUCAGCCACUGGACCGAGAUGAAGGAGUCCAAGGGGCAGCAGGUGUGUCGCUGGCACUCCCUCCUCGAGUCCUGACCGCCACUUGCGGGAAGCGUCCCGCCAGCUGCCCGGACGGUGUGGCCGACGGUACAGCUGGAGCUGGGCCCUGGAGCAUCCUUUUGGCCUCCUGCCAGGACCGUCCAUGCCUAGGGGCUGGGGCCCGGCACAGACUCCGCUUGAGCCCACCUGGGAAAGGGAGAGUCGCGUGCCGAGGCCCUCAGCGCUGGGCAGCACGCUGUUGGUCUGAAUCUACUUCACCUUCGUGAAAGAGCCAGCAGUUUCACGAACAAAUUACCAUUAUAAAUGAUUUUAAAAUCUAACGGCUGCAAUGUUUCAGCACCAUCCAGCAUUUCAUCCGUCAAGCAUGUCGCGAUGCUGGCCUGGUGUUGGGGGUUCUGAGCCUGCCUCCCUCACAGCUCACAGGAAGGGCUUCCGGCACCCGGACAGCAGCCCGGUGGAGGGUCCCCGGGUUCACCAGUCCGAGCUACCCAGCGCGUCCAGUAGCACGAUGCCCAGUGCAGACAAGCGAUCGUUUUCAUCAAGGACUUUUCCAUAUCCCUCUGGGGAAAAGCCACGUGCUUUGGCCUCGCCCAAAGAGACGCGUCACCUGCUGACCCACACCGGCCUGGGGCAGCUGCUCCACCUGCUAUCCCUUCUGUCGAAAGCACGUCCCGCAUCCUUUCUGCCCACGUAGGAUGCUCCAGGGCAGGGCCUGGCUUCUGCCUUCCUUUCCAAGAGUGACCCUCGAAAGCCACCCAUGUGCAAACACACUUUUUACAAACCAUAAAUAUCGGAGAAGCUGAUGAAAGUUGAAAACAACUGGAGUGAGAGGAAACAUCCCUUGUCAGCCUGGAUUGCCUCGGAAGCAGCAGCAGCUACAUUCCGAUGAGAACUAUCUGUGAGCCCGAGACCCCGCUGGGUGUGCCCUGGUGGCCUGGGGACCCACUCUGUUGGAGCCAUGCCAUGUCCAGACAGACCCCCGAGGAGCCCGCGCCGCCACUGGUGACGGGCUGGAUGCUGGACACCGCAGCCCCACCCUCAGCGUGACGUCAUCCUGUGCCUUCCGUGUCGGAUCAAUUGCUCAUACAGCUCGAAAGCUGUAUUUGCAAAAUUAGGCCUUCGAUUUUUAUAAAAAAUUAAAAGAUUCCUCAGAACAGUGUCCGGUCUCCUGUGGUGUGGCAGCGCUGGCGGCGUGCCAACCCUUAAUGGCAGGCCUUCUCCUCUGGUGUUCUACCUAGGAACCCUGAUUGAGCAGGAAUCUUAUCAGCUGUUUUCUUUUUACUUUGGCU